GUGACCAUCUUGGUACUACAGGGCCGGCUGGACGAGGCUCGGCAGAUGCUCUCCAAGGAAGCCGACGCCAGCCCCUCCUCUGCAGGCAUGUGCCGAAUCCUAGGGGACCUGAUGAGGACAAUGCCCGUUCUCAGUCCUGGUAACACCCAGACGCUGACAGAGCUGGAGUUGAAGUGGCAGCACUGGCAUGAGGAAUGUGAGCGUCACCUCCAGGACAGCACGUUUGCUGCCAGUCCUCACCUGGAGUCUCUCUGCAAGAUCAUGCUGGGAGAUGAAGCUGCCUUGUUGGAGCAGAAGGAGCUUCUGAAUAACUGGUAUCAUUUCCUAGUGACCCGGCUCCUGUACUCUCAUCCCACAGUAAAACCCAUUGACCUGCACCUCUAUGCCCAGUCCAGCCUUGACCUGUUUUUGGGAGGUGAGAGCAGCCCAGAACCCCUGGACAACAUCUUGUUGGCAGCCUUUGAGUUUGACAUCCACCAAGUGAUCAAGGAGUGCAGCUUCCCCUCACAAGGCCCUAAGUGAGCUGGCCAAUGCUUACCUCGAAGUUUGAGUCACACGGGCUUCAUUCUGAAGUAGGAACAAGACAGAGUUUCAACUGCAGGGCCUUUACACUGGCUGUUGCCCCUAUUUUGGGAGGGCUCCUUUUCCUUGUCUUCCUUUGUCCUCCCCUCCUCCUCCAGCCCUCUGUUCAAAUAACUACUCCCUCUUGAUUCAUUUUCUAUAUGGAGCUUAUUCUAGGAGGGUGGACUGUGCAUGUAGUGUAUGUGGGAAGGCAACUUGUUUUUAUGUCUUGUAGGUUUAUUUUAUUUUUUUCUUUUUUUAAAGCUUUUUAUUUAUUUGAGAG